GUACCAAAAAAUGCUUCAGGCGAAGGAAAGCGAGAUUUUGAAGACGGAAUCUCAAUCUUUAAAAGCCCACGACAGCAACGGUCAGGUGUCCAUCGACCUGCCUGUUACAGAGCUGGAGGCAUACAGGGCCAGGUUCCUCCGGACAGUGUCCAGCCUUGACGACGUUGACCACAGCGCUCUGACUGUCGACCCCAAGAAUUUUGAGUUUCCAUUCGAGAAUCUGGUGUUCGAGGGGGGUGGGAACAAAGGGCUGGCUUACGUCGGAUGUAUCCAGCUGUAUAAGGAAAAGAACAUGGAGCUGUGUGUGUUAGUGACGAACCUGAACCAAAUGAGAGCCGAGUAUUGCCACCCAAAGACUACACCAGACAUGCCUAUUCGAGAUGCUCUCUGCAUGUCCAUGGCCAUACCAGGUGUGUUUUCCGCCCGUCGCUAUGACAACCACGGGCAAGUUGAUGUCUACGUGGACGGGGGCGUCUUGUGCAACUACCCCAUCCACUGUUUUGACGAGAAAAACAACGUAAGAAAGAAAUCUCAGACAAAGCUGAAAGAGAACACCAACGGGUUGUGUGUGCAGUGGAGACAUUUAUGAAGGUCCUGGAUAAGCACAAUAUGAAGGAGUAUGAAUUCAUCGACAAAAAUGAACUCAAGGCAGCCUUGGAAGAUCGCGGGUACAACGCCACCGAGACAUUUCUCCGCUACUACGUCAUCAACCACCCGGAACUGGUCAAGGAAAAGCCGGACCUGGGCCAGGCAAGCCAGCGGUCAGCCGUCCAGGGGCUAGAGAACGUGCCAAGGAGCACAUGUGGCUGUGGGGAUCACGACACGGGGGUUAAUGAUGAGGACAUCUCACUCAUCUCAAGGACAGAGACGGACACUUAGGGAAUGCAUCGCCAUGACAGUUCACCAAAUACGAGAGCCAGCGGUCAAUACGGCCCUUUCAAGCUCAUGCAAGUCACAGGAGACGAUCAAGGGGGUCUCGUUGCUUUGACACAUCCUCUAUGUCUCGGGUCGAAAAUGGAGAUAAGAACCAGGCAGAAUGUUUUAAAAUUCGUAGUGCAGACUGCCAAUCGGAAUCGCCUGAAUGAGUUCGGAGGCAAGCCAGAUUUUCGUUCUUGGAGAGACAAAACCUACCUGUAUGACAUUUUAAUACGAGCGAGUCGACCUGGGCCUUGAGAAACAAACGUACUUUUUGACGCAAAAGAUCACAGUCGAAUUUAGUUGAAUUCGGUCGUAUUGUACCACAAUUAUGGUAGCUUUUGCCCCAUUAAUGAAGGAAAAUUUAGCCGAGCUGACCCGCUCUCAAUCACAUGAAUCCGACUGGCAAUGCGCACUGUGUAUAAGAAGUGGGUCUUCCGAUUCAACGUCCUUUUCCGAUAUGACUGAGCCACGUGAAUCGACAGCGAUGAAGAACUCUCCUUACAAUGCAAGUUCAAGACCGCCUGCGGUUAGAGUUUUAAGCCAGGGUUUCUUCAUCUUGGUAGAUAUGAUUCAAGAACGGUUUCUUCUUGCUUUGGUUUGUUUUUUAUUAUUGUUGUUGCCAUGCUGUUUGUUUUGUUGUUUGUUUGUUGUUGUUUGU